GGAGCGCGGCGGCGGUCUCCCCUCCAUUUACAUGAAGUCGAUUUGUGUUUUUGUUUGACAUAGAAAUUGCAAAUUUUAAUUUAGAAAUAGGUAGUUCUUUUAUUUAUUAUAAUUGUACCUUGAAAAUGACUUGGGGCUUCGUUACCUGCGGUCCAAAUGAAGCUCUCGUUGUAUCAGGAUGCUGCUACUCCAAGCCGUUGCUGGUGCCGGGCGGGCGCGCGUUCGUCUGGCCGGCCAUCCAGAACGUGCAGAGGAUAUCCCUGAACACGAUGACCUUGCAAGUGGAGUCACCCACCGUGUACACCAGCCAGGGAGUCCCUAUAUCCGUCACGGGCAUCGCUCAGGUCAAAAUCCAAGGUCAGAACGCGGAGAUGCUGCUCUCAGCGUGCGAACAGUUCCUGGGGAAGUCUGAACAGGAGAUACAGCACAUAGCCCUGGUGACCUUGGAGGGGCACCAGCGGGCCAUCAUGGGCUCCAUGACCGUGGAGGAAAUAUAUAAGGACAGGAAGAUAUUCUCCAAAAAGGUGUUCGAGGUGGCCUCCAGCGAUCUCAUCAACAUGGGUAUCACAGUCGUCUCCUACACCCUCAAAGAUAUACGGGAUGAAGAGGGCUAUCUGAAAGCGCUCGGCAUGGCUCGCACGGCGGAAGUGAAGCGCGACGCGCGCAUCGGCGAAGCGGAAGCGCACGCGGAAGCGCGCAUAAAGGAAGCAAUGGCGGAGGAGCAGCGCAUGGCGGCGCGCUUCCUCAACGACACCGAAAUAGCUAAGGCGCAGAGGGAUUUCGAAUUGAAAAAGGCGGCCUACGAUGUUGAAGUUCAGACUAAGAAGGCCGAAGCGGAAAUGGCGUACGAAUUGCAAGCUGCCAAAACGAAGCAGCGCAUCAAAGAGGAGCAGAUGCAGAUCGCUGUGGUGGAACGGACGCAGGAGAUAGCUGUUCAGAAGUGGGAGGUGCAGCGGAGGGAGAAGGAGUUGGACUCCACUGUCAGGAGGCCGGCAGAAGCAGAGAAGUUCAAAUUGGAGAAGCUGGCGGAAGCGCACAAACUGAAAACCGUUCUCGAGGCGGAAGCCGAGGCCGAGGCGGUCAAAGUUCGCGGAGAGGCCGAAGCGUACGCCAUCAAAGCGAAGGCGGUGGCUGACGCCGAGCAAAUGGCGAAGAAGGCGGAGGCGUGGAAGGAGUACGGGUCGGCGGCCAUGGUCGACAUGAUGCUGGACACCCUGCCCAAGGUCGCGGCGGAAGUGGCGGCGCCACUGUCGCAAGCUCGCAAAGUCACCAUGGUCUCCUGCGGCGGUGGAGAAGUGGGCGCCGCCAAACUAACCGGCGAAGUGCUCAGCAUCGUCCAGAACAUACCCGAGCUGGUCAAGGGGGUCACCGGAGUUGAUAUAUCGAAGACGGUGAUGGAACCGCCUCCGCUGCCGACGCCGACCGCCCGCGGAGACUCCGCGAGGAAGCCCCGAUAACUGGGGCGGAGGCCUACGCAACGCCAAUGUCAAGAAAAUCCGCGCUAUGUAACGCUGCGUUCGAAGUAACAAUGGAGACGGCGCGUGCGCACAUCAAACUUGCUAUUUGUUUAUACAUUAACACGCUAGACGUUGUUUUACGGAGUAGGUGAGUGUUCAUUUAAAGCGAGUGCCACUUUUGUAUUUAAGAUUAUUCAUUCCCCCUAUUGUUAAACAGAUAUAGGCCACGAUUAUAACGUGAAUUAUGUUACUGAGGCUACGCUACGAACGACGAACCAGUGUUACUGAAAACUUGUGGCUCGUUUAGUCAGUGUCCCUGAUCGGGUUUCUAUAGUUCCUUAGUUUGUCGAAAAUACCACAAGGAAUACUUAAUGUUUUUGGUAUUUGUCAAAAUAUAAAACAGUGUAUUAAUUCUCAUGUUCAUUUUGGAAUGAUUUGAAGAUUGAACAGCAUUUUGUCUGCAAUGAGCGAAGUCACAGAACAGUGACAGUAACUAAACGAACGGACAGUGCAUAUUUUUCAAUAUAUGUAACUAUUUUCGUAAAAAAAAAACUAUAUACGCCCAAAUAUUUCAAACACAUUUUAAGUGAAA